GAGACGUCAUUGCAGGGUUGUUUGUGCAGUCUCGGCGGCGGCGGUGACCCACAGUGAUUCGGCCGCCGCGCCGGGGGGUGGGGGGGCUGCGCGGAACUCUUUUCUUUCAGACUGACCGCGGGGCAGCUGGGUAGCAUGUCGACCCCGGCCCGGAGGAGGCUCAUGCGGGAUUUCAAGCGAUUACAAGAGGACCCACCUGUGGGUGUCAGUGGCGCACCAUCUGAAAACAACAUCAUGCAGUGGAAUGCAGUUAUAUUUGGACCAGAAGGGACACCCUUUGAAGAUGGUACUUUUAAACUAGUAAUAGAAUUUUCUGAAGAAUAUCCAAAUAAACCACCAACUGUUAGAUUUUUAUCCAAAAUGUUUCAUCCAAAUGUGUAUGCUGAUGGUAGCAUAUGUUUAGAUAUCCUUCAGAAUCGAUGGAGUCCAACAUAUGAUGUAUCCUCUAUCUUAACAUCAAUUCAGGUAAGUUCUCUGCUGGAUGAACCGAAUCCAAACAGUCCAGCCAAUAGCCAGGCAGCACAGCUUUAUCAGGAAAACAAACGAGAAUAUGAGAAAAGAGUUUCUGCCAUUGUUGAACAAAGCUGGAAUGACUCAUAAUAGACAACUGGUCUGUUAAUCUUUUUCAUCAUUGUUGUGUAUAAUUUACCUCUCAGUAGAAAGGCUAACAAGUUUUAAGUGCCACCGGUUUUAAGGAUUCUGCAGAAAAAAAAGAAAAAAGUCCUUCAGUUUAGAACCUACAAAAGCUUGUGUAUCUUGAUUAAUGUACUUUUUAUUGCAUGGUGUGAACUAAGUUAUUGCUGCAUAAAUUUGUAAUAUAUCCUGUUUGUAUUUUUUUCCAAGUGUAUAAUGUUGGUGUGGAGUUUUCAUGACAGAAUAUACACAUUUUGUAAAUCUGUACUUUUUUCAAAUAUUGAAUGCCUUAUUUUUGAAUUCUUUAGAUUUUUAAAUUGGAGAAAAGCACUUAAAGUUUUUUAUAUAUGAAUAUUACAUGUAAAGCUGUUAAAAUACAUAACUUCAGUGCAAGAGACUUUGUCACUUAUUUCCUUAUCUGUGUAGGAGGGGUUAAUAAGUCUCUAGCUCUCCAUCAAUUGAUAGUUUUAUUUCCAAUUCCAAAAGAACAUAUUUAUAUUUUAUCGAGAAAGUCUUCAGAUUUGAUUUUAGAUACCAAUUACGUCUCCAACUUUAUUUUCAACGUACCUAUAUUAAUUUCAGUUGUGUAAUUCUAGACAUAACUAGUUUGAUUCUACCCAACUCUGUAUUUAGGCUACUUGUUAUAGUUUCUUCAUGCAUUACUUACUGUUAAACUGUACCUUUUGCUAUUUCACAGUUGUCACCUCUGCCACGAGCAGAGAACUGAUGAAACCUAUUUUGCUGCUUGGUAGCACCUUAAAAGGUUUUUAAUUAAUGAAGAAAGUGAAACCAUAAACAUUUGCCAAAAAUUCAUACCCCGUUAUUAGCAAUGAAUUGGUUGCAUUGGUUGGAGUAAGGCACAUAUUUGGAAGGAAUCUUGGUGUAAUUUAAAUAUUUGAAAACUACCUUUUAAUGCAGUUGCAUAUCUGUUUAUUCUGGGGAAAUGUUUUUAACACCAGGGCCUGCUGAGUUGCUUUUUCUUGUGGAGAUUUUUUUAAUCUCCGAAGUUGUAUAAAAGUUGUACUGCAUCUUAGUUUACUGGAUAAGUUUAAAACACAGUAUUGUAGAAAGCUAAUACAAAGCUAUCCUAUGCCUUCAAAUAGUAUAGAAAAUGGAAAAUAUACAAGUAAAUUCUGUUGAACCACC